CACCAAAGUGCAAAUAAUAUUAAUUACCAAAUUGACAAGAUGGGAAACAAAGGUUUUGACAAGAUUAAGUACAAGACUCUCCUCACCGAGGCAUCCUCAAGGAUGAAUAUCAGAAGAGGAAAGAAGGUCAACGAACUCUACAGAGUUAGAGACAAAAUCGUUGACUUUGUCAAGAACGGAGAUAUGAGCUCGGCCUUAAUUUACAUUGAUAAUUACAUUAAUGAAGAGAACAAGUUGAAAGUAUACGAUGCUCUCAGUACCAUGUGAGAUCAGAUGAAAGGAAGAGUCUCAGAGGUCGAAAGCUUUGGAAUAACUGACGAUCUCAUGCCUAACGCUAACGCUAUUGUUUAUGCUGGCCAAAGACUUGAUAUAAAAGAACUGGAAAAACUGUCGGUGAUUCUACAGGAUUUAAUGCCUAAAGUUGAGUAUAAAGAAGCUGUCAAUGGAACAUGUCACAACGAAAUUGUACGUGACAAUACAUCAUACAGAAAAUGAGAGAAGGGAGAAUCUUACUUGAAGUUAGUUGAACUAUGUCAAGAGACAGAUACUCAGUGUAUUCUUACAGAAAAAUGGAAAAAGACACUUCGAGAGUACUGAUACAAAAACAAAUUGGACUACCCAUAUUCAGCUGAAGAAGAUGUGGGAUAUAAUCCUGGUGGAAGUGCUCCUCCUAUUCCAUCUUAUGAACCUGCAGCUCCUGGAGGUUAUGCACCUCCUCCAGCCCCAGCAGGGUAUGGUCCUAGUCCUGGAGGCUAUGCUCCAGCACCUGUUCAUCAUUUACCAGCACCUGGAGGCUACGAUGGAUCUGGAAUUCCAGCUCCCUCCCCAGCAUCGGCAGGAAUUCCUCCUCCAGCUUCUUUGAGUGGAGCUCCAAGUUCUUCUGGCUACUCAUUACCUCCUCCUCCAGAUGACCUGAACCUUCCUUCAUAUGGCUAUGAUGCCAAGAAAGUGCCAGAGCCACCUGCCCCUGAAGAGAGGGCUCCAAAGUCUGAAAAGAGUGAUGAUUCAGAUGACGAAGACUUAAUGGCAAGACUUAAAAAUCUUCAAAAAUAA